UGGCAAUACGAGUUUGCGCAUAAGUAUGUUAUCUUCAAUCCGUUUCUUAAAAUACUGAAUAAUAUACAAGCAUCUCCAGGCUGAGUACAACAAUCUUUUUACAUUUAACAACAACAUGAAAAAAUAUUUAAACAAAUAAAUGAUUGUAGUCAAUGACUUAUAAGUAACGUCAUUUUUAUUUAUAAUUUGAAAAUGGAUAUAUCUAUUUUAUGUAAGAGGUUAUAACAAAGUGUUGAGCCAUGAGAGUUGAACAUUAGCUCUUGGCUCAAAUGGAUUAAGUUCGAUAACUGCUUCAGCAAGGGCAUCGUUUGAAUCUUUUAAAGAGCGCGAUGCCCAAUGCCCAGCGAGAAGCUAUAGCAGCAAUUGCCUCUCCUCCAGAUGAGACCAAUAUUUUCAAUAUACCACUGACUUUAUUUGCUGGUGAACACAGUAUUUUGUUACUGACAUUAUUUUCAUUCCACACUCUUCGAUCAUGAGCCUUCGAUCAUUUCCUGAAAUGUGGUAUCAAAUGUUUCUAUGGGCAUUGUUCUCAUCAAUUUUCGUUCAUACAAUUGCUGCAGCUAUUUGCUUCGCGACACUUCGUAAACAUAAAUAUGGAAAGUUUUUCCCGCUAUUGAUCUUAAUAAUGGGUAUACUGAUGCCGUUGACCUCGGGAGUCGUAAGUUCUGCAGCAGUGGCAUUUGUCUACGGCUCGGGAGGUUAUCAAAUGUCACCUCUGUACGCACUACUUUGGGGUAUUGGCCAGACUGUUCUCGCGGCUUGCGUUGGCUUUACCAGGAUACUUGCAACCCUAUAGAUAUUCGCUAAUUAAACCUUGCAUUUAAAUUUUAUUUUAAAGGAUACAAAGUAAAUGAAGUGCAUAGCCUUUUGGAUAUUUAUUGUGUUAUGGACUAAGGCUAAAUAUCUGAGGCCUUUUCAUUUAUCCAUGAGAUUAUUAAAUUUUGUGAUACAGCAUUUUUAUAUCUUGUUUAUGACUAGUGGAUUUUCAAAGACAAAUUCAUUUUUAUAUCGUCGAUACAAAUUUAGAGUUUAUGUCAUAUAUAUAAGGGGCAAAUGCAAAGAAAAUUUAAGAGUGGUAGA